CCGCAUCAGAAUACGUAUGGUCGGUGUUAAAAUGACUAAGCGACCGGAAACUGUUGUGAAUGUGAUCUGGAUCCGGAUCUCUUGAUGCUGCUCGACAUAACUUGGAUAUUUAGCAGUUAAAUAAGAUUCUUCAUCAUCAUUCUCCUAAGCGCGUGUAUAUCGUCUGGAUUAAGCUUCGCCGGGCUCCAAGGCGCAAUACGGUUUGAGUUGGCUAACCAUACAGUCGUGAAAAUUUGAUCGGUCUGUGUGUGGAUGUUAUGUGUGUUGGCUUUCCGUGUGUCAGCAGCGUUUGUGGGCAUACGGAAUUGGAUUAGGAAUCAGCCGGCGGUCAGAAGCGCCGCAGGAACGGAAGUCGCAUGUAGAAGACCUCUUGGAUCGCAUUACUCCGCAACUCAAGCUCCAUUGAAUACCAUGACCAAAGGCUAUGCUUGCCGACUCCGGAAUUGUUUGUGAAAUCAUUUUUUCUCUACCCAUAAAGCACUUGAUUGGUUCCAAUCCAGUUAUCUCGCUGCCCCGGUCGUUGUAUACAGCCGCCUAAUUAUUCGAAAUAUGUAAAAGGACACUCACUGUUAUCUCAUUCAAUUAUCCCGCUGUGAUCCGUAUUAGACGCUGUCUUCACCCAGUUUUCUCAGCAUGCCUUGACGUCAAACGAAUGUAGAAAAAUAAUGCGGAUUAUUUUUGAGAUUCUCAGUGAAAAAAUACCGCAUCCCCCUUAUUACAAGCAAUGAAGGCUAUCGUUGCACGUGGGAUUGCCAGUGGGAUUUGGCUGCUGAACACUCUUGUGUUUGUUUACAUGCACAGGACCGGCGAUCUUUCGUUUUUAUCAUCAAACCACUCUGUCGGGUUUAUUGGCGAAAACAAUCGAGUUGAUUUCUGGACAUUGUCCGAAAGCGGGUGUGCUUGCGCACAUGAUAGUUUUAACAUGACUUGUGCGUGCUGCGAUCCCGGAAUAGGAUGUCCGUGCUCGGCCCCACUAUCCAAUCGCUGCGCUCAAUGUGGUCUGGAAUCGUUUUGCGGAAAAAUGUGCAAUAUGACCAUUGAUAUGAGUCAGUUGACAACUAAGCAUGGAGCCAUUUAUAGCCCUCCUUCACCUGGACCAAUUUUUUGCUCGUUUUAUGUUGUUGCCAAUCCGAGCACACGGAUUCAGAUUGACCUUUAUCGGAUGCAAGGCAUCGGAGAGUACAAUCCCCAAACAAAAAGAUGCAUUGGCGGCUUUUUGCAAAUAAUUGACGGAGUUCGUGCGCUUAGAGGAAAUUCAUCCGCUGUCCAUGUGUUUUGCGGCGCUGAUAGCCGUUUUGACCGACCGGUGACUAUUUUUAAAGAGCGCGCCAUGGCUAUCAUUCAAUAUUGGGCGGCCACUGCCAUCCAAUCGAGAUUUAUGUUGGAAUUUAGUUUCCAUGAAAAAAGCGAAGAGAAUUAUGCGCUUGGUGGGACGGCGAUUCCUAAUUCAGAAUGUGACUGGAUCUAUCGGCAACAAAACUGCUCCAACUCAGAGGAGCCGUGUGACUUCUCCACGCCGGGUUAUCCGGGAUUGUAUUCCAAUUAUCAACACUGCCGGUAUUUCUUCCGCAGCACCGAUCCAUCAUUGCAGAUUCGUAUCCAGUUUAAAACCUUUGAUUUCCCAGCCGGGGACUGUGACACACAUUACGUAAACAUUUUUGACGGAGCCUAUAGUACAAAAACUGAUCCUGCUUUACAAACCCUCUGUGGAGUACAAAAAACAGAGGAAAUGAUUUAUUUUUCCACCGGGCCCUCCUUGGUUAUAGAGUUUAUUAGUGGAGCUCUCUCCCCGCCGUAUAAUUAUACCGGCUUCCAGGGCACCGUUGUGUUCGGAAACAAUCCACCUGAUCGCAUCGUGGGAAACAAAAUCGAGAAAACUUUCUGUGACUGGGUAUUUUACAGCAACAUGACUCCCUGGGCCAGUUUCAGUAGUCCAAUGGACUGGUUUCCAAAGGAGACGCGCUGCCGUUUUAAAUUCAUUCCAACCACUCUCACUGAUCAAGUUAUACUUUCCAUGCACAGCUAUUUUUUGGAAAGUGAUCACUGUAAUACAGUUAUCCGCAUUGCCGAAGUCGAUGAAAAAGACGAGGAGACACACCUCAUCAAGCGGAUAUGUGGCCCUGCAUCCAAAUAUGCAGCAGCCGGCGAUCAGAAGGCCAUCGAGGAAUACGCUGCAGGUGCAGGGAAAACAUUGUUGUUAACAUUUUCUUCUAAAAAUGGAAACCUCCAUCUCGGCAAAACAUCCGAGUGGAUCAGCGGAAGCUAUUUCUUUCACAAUGAGCGUUUGUUAGGAAAAAAGAUUUUGAAUACGGUCUGCGAUUACGCCUUCAGCAGCGAAAACGUCCAACCCAAAGGAAGUGUAAUGGGUCCGAAACUGGAUUACAAUCUUGACCAACAAGUGUGGAUUUCUACCAUUACAACGGACUGCAACUACGAAUUUUCUUCCAAAUCGAACCAGUCCAUUAGCAUUCAAAUUAAUCAGGCGACAAUGGUCAAACCUGGCGAAGAAACAAUGUUUUGGCUGUGCCGCACCCACUGUAACCGCCAUGGGUGCCACUGUACAAUGGCUGAAAAUGAGGCAGAGAAGAGCCAUUCAUUGAAGGAUGUUUUCCACAUUAUGGUAUUGAGCCGGCAACAUCCGCGCGUGGAAAUAUCAUGUUUUUGUGGUGACCUUACUGACAUCCUGCCACUGACAAUAUCGGCUGUUAAUGGAGCAAUUUUGCGUUAUCAUCGUUUGGGUUUAUCAGUGACCGAUGCUCACUUGUACGACUUCAGCGCAGUUUACGAUUUCCACGAACCGCUAUACGAGUGCUCAAGAAUGUCCCGGAACCGCCAUCAAGGAGCUCUAUAUAUCGUUCCGCGGCGUAACAUUACAAUGAGCGCAAACAUUAUCCACCACAUUCAAUGCGACUGGACCAUUGAAGUAACUCAAAAAAUGUAUAUAUCUCUGGAUAUAAAAUUAAUGCAGAUGGACAAAUCCAGCGCUAAUGUUAAACUAUCGGAACGCAGUCACUGUUUGAAGAAGAAUUUGGUCAAGUUAUAUACCUCCACUGUUUUGCGCGAUAAGGAUAAGGGUAUUGAGGUGUGCCAAAACAAAGCCGUUACCGUUAACACUAACAAACUGUUUAUUCGCUUAACUGCGACUGGAACGUUUUACAAACAUCGUAUUCUAUGGAAAGAACUCAACCCAUCGUCCAUCGGUCGCGGGCAGCACGAAAGCAACACAACAAACGACUUUCCUGGUAGAACUUGCCGCAUUUCUAUCAUUGCAUUUCUCCUGAUUCACUUGAGCCUCAUAUUCUUAUGGCGAUAGAAAUGAUACCAAACAUUGUUUCGUUUUCUGCAUUAGUUACCUCAUGCAGUGUGAUGAUUUCGGUCUUUCAGAUUAGAGUAUUACUGCUGUUUUUUUGGCAAUUGCUUUGGAAUUGUAUAUGCUAAACUUUCAUUUUCUUCGGGACCAGGAUAUUUUUGGAAAAUUGUUUU